GGCGAAAGUCGGAGCUUCAAACUUGUUUCUACUUUAUUAUUGCUACAAAGCGGUUAAAACCCCAAUCUUUCUCUCUGUUUCUCUCAGACCACAGACUCACAGUCUCGUUGCAAUGGCCAGGGACUCUGAUUCCUCCUCUCUGGUUCGUCUUAAUAUCGGAGGGAAGAAAUUUUGCACUACUAUUGAUACUUUGACUCAACGUGAGCCUGAUUCAAUGCUUGCUGCAAUGUUCACUGGUCGGCGUACAAUUUCCCAGGAUCCUGAAAACGGAUUUGUUUUUGUCGAUAGGGAUGGUAAACAUUUUCGACACAUCCUUAACUGGUUAAGGGAUGGUGCUGUUCCCGUGUUGAAAGACUCUCAAUAUGCAGAGCUUUUGCGAGAGGCUGGAUACUAUCAGCUGUUUGGACUUAUAGAUGGAAUAUCUGAUGUCAUGAAUCAGAGGAAAAAAAAUGAAGAGUCGGAUGCAGAAUUAACACGUAUAGAUAUCAUCAAGUGUAUUCAGUCUGAGAGAGUCAGAUUUCGAGGUGUUAAUCUUUCUGGCCUUGAUCUUUCAAAACUGGACCUGUCAUUUGUCGACUUCAGCUAUGCAUGCAUUACAAAUGUGUUCUUCUCACGUGCAAACCUACAGUGUGCGAAGUUUCGGGAUGUGGAUGCUGAGGGUGCAAACUUUCACAAUUCAACUUUGAGAGAAUGUGAAUUUACUGGGGCAAAUCUACGUGGAGCCUUAUUAGCUGGGGCUAACCUACAGAGUGCAAAUCUACAAGAUGCAUGUUUAAUAGACUGUAGCUUCUGCCAGGCAGACCUGCGCUCUGCACACUUACAGAAUGCUGAUCUUACAAAUGCAAAUUUAGAGGGAGCUAUUUUGGAAGGGGCCAACAUGAAGGGUGCCAAAUUGAGUAAUACCAAUUUGAGGGGUGCAAAUCUUCAGCGAGCUUACUUACGACAAGUAAAUUUAAAAGACACUCAUCUGGAAGGUGCAAAGCUUGAUGGUGCUAAUUUGCUUGGAGCAAUCAGAUAAAACUGAAGUAUUUUUAGAUCCACUGUAAAUUUCAUGUUGUGUAUAACCUAUCACAUGACAUAUAUAUAGGCCUUUUUUUGGGAUAUAGGAUUGGCUUGGAUCGUAUAUGGACAAUAAGAUUGGAUUGGAUUGGAUUGGAGUGAACAAGAUUAGAUAUAUUUAAUAUUGACUUGUUUGGGAUAUAAGGUGGGGUUUGUUUGUUCCUCGCGUUUUUGCAUGCAACAAGAGUCCUUAUCCUUUCCGGUUUAUGAUAUCCCCUAUAAGAGAAGGGGAUUAGAAAUCCAGUUGAGUGUGGGGUUAAUAGUGGGUUCGGAUUUCUUUAUCCCUCAGGAUAUGAAGCCCUAAAUACCUAAUAAGGAUAAGAUAAUCCAAUCCUCCUUUCUUAUCCUUCCUUGUCUGGCGGGCCAAACGUGGCAAUAGUCUCUUCUACCAAGACUUCCAUUAUGAGAUCAAAUAUAUGCAAUUUGUUGAUUAUU